CUCUUCCCCUUCAACCUCACAGGAGCUUUCUUCAGCACCUGGGCCGAGCUGUGAAUGCGGCAUCGUUGCAAAUAAAGACAUUUCCACAUGAUUUAUGAGUCUGGAUCUCCGGGACAAUAAAACAUCCGAGUUAUACCAUGUUCACGAGGAAGCUGCUGACGCUGGUGCUGGUGGUGCAACCCGGCCGUGUGCUGCUCGGCAUGAAGAAGCGCGGCUUCGGAGCGGGGAAAUGGAACGGCUUCGGGGGGAAAGUUCAUCUCGGAGAGAGCAUAGAGCAAGGAGCGAGGCGAGAGCUGCUGGAGGAAAGCGGCCUCACUGUAGACACGCUGAGCAAGAUCGGAAAUAUCACGUUCGAAUUCGUCGGAGAAACGGAGCUGAUGGACGUGCACGUAUUCCGAGCCGACGAUUACGACGGCGAGCCGACGGAAUCGGAAGAAAUGCGGCCUCAGUGGUUCGACAUCGACAAAAUCCCCUACGGCGAAAUGUGGGCAGACGACGUCCUCUGGUUCCCGCUGAUGCUGCAGAAGAAAAAGUUCUCGGGCUACUUCAAAUUCCAGGGCCAUGACGUGAUCCUGGAACACAAGCUCAACGAGGUGCAGGAGCUUUGAUCAGACUCCUAGAUGGAUGCGAUCAGGUGUAACGAAUGCGACUUCAGGUGACCGCUUGUGAUCAGACCUCGUGAGCGAUGUUGACAUGGCUGUGCUUUAGUGCAGGUAGCACCUCCGUAUACACCUCUAGAAGUUUUAGAAUAAACUAUGAGCUGUUAUCAGUUCGCUCGUACAUACAUUGUGCUAUUUUCUUCCUGAUAGAAACAUUUGGGGGUUUCAUCCGGGUACUCCGGUUUCCUCCUCCAGUCCAAAGACAUGUGUUGUAGGCUGAUUGGCAUUUCCAAAUUGUCUGUAGUGUGUGUGUGAUUAUGCCCUACCAUUAAUCCAGGGUGUCCCCCACCUUGUGCCCCGAGUACCCUGGGAUAUGCUCCAGGCUGCCCCCCCACGACCCUGUCUAGGAUAAGCUGUACAGAACAUGGAAUUAUGGGAGUUGAUUUAAGUUGUAGUUUUCUAUAAUUAACUGAAUCAAAUGCUUUCAAAUAGUAAACCAGUUACACAGAGCAUGACGUCAGUUUUUCCUUCAUUAUAUACAUUCCUCAUUUUAGGAUGAUGGCUUUCACCUUGAAUCAUAAACUAUACAGUUUCCAAGGGGACAAAAAAAGAAAUGUCUUCUGCUUUAUUUGUUACACAAAAUGUUAAGUACUUAAAGGUUUUGUAUUUAAAUAAUAACCAGUCUAUAAGGUUAUACAGGCAGAACAAGCAUUAGCGCUACUGCUAUUAUUACAAGUUUGCAUAAACUAUGGAAAGCGAAAUUUCUCUUGCUUUCUGAGGUAAAGACAAUCAGGAAGGCGAUGUCGUAAUGUUUAUAAUUUCACGAUAAUCUUUCAUCUGAAGCAACACCGUCACACAAAUAUAUUUAAACUUCUCAGAUAAAGUUAAUUCCCAAAUGCCGUUAUGUUCACUACGGUAUGCUCACUAAACAGGGUGUGAUGUCAUUUAACCUGUGAGGUGCACUAUACUGAACUGCCUUCCGGAGCAGGAGGAAAGUAGCGAAAUCUCUUCCAAGUACAGUUUAUUUGAAAUGUAGAUGUAAAUAUAUGGGACAACACCAAAGGACCGUGUAGCCAACUUUAUCCAUGAAAUCUAAUCACAAGUGGUCACUAAAGUCUCGCUCGAAAAGACCAGAUGAGCCAUCUCAGAGAGAGAGACACAGAGAGAGAGAGUGACAGAGAGAGAGGCAGACAGACAGAGAGACACACAGACAGAGAGUGACAGAGACAGACAGACACAGACAGAGACGGAGAGAGAAAGACACAGACAGAAAGUGACAGAGAGAGAGACAGAGAGACCAAGAAAGACAGCAGACAGAGAGUGAGGGAGAGAGAGAGACAGACGGAGAGAGAGGCAGAUUGAGAGAGAGACAGACAGAUGAUAACAUCCUGAGACGACUGUUAUAACGGGGUCUCACACGCACUGUGUUGUGCCUAAGAGCAAUGAUUAUACUGUCUUAUAUCAUACUGUCUUACACUGAUGAUGUUCUAAUAAUAGGUUUUUGUUGUUAAGUGAGUAUUUCCUACAUGCAUUCCUAACAUUACCUGUUCAGUAGUGUCUGUACAGUUCUUUUUUACACAAUAAUAUGAUUAUAAUCACACAGUUAGCCAACAAUGUUAUUGUUUGAUCCUCACUAUAGGCUUUGAGGCUAUAGAAAGGUUCUUUAUGCGUUUUUAUCAAAAACGUUGUCUAAUGUCACAGAGUUUAGUUAUCACAGAUAUCUGUAAUUCAUUUCGUGUACUUAAAAUACGAGUUAUGUCUUUGUACACUGCAAACAGUGACAUAUCUUGAAUGUAACGAAUUCAAAAGUAUCUAGUAUUACAUAAUAUAAGAUUAAACCAAAUAUUAGAUUAUUAAACCUAUUUCUUUCUAAUUUCAAGCUUAAAAUGAGUUAAAAACUGUCUAGAUACGGGUUCAAUAAUCUUAUAUUUGGUGUAUUAUCUUAUAAUAGGAACUAUUAGAUAAAUCUGAUUUCAAAAUCAAGACUUUUCCACCUGCUAAGCUGUGUAAGUGUGUAAUGGUUCUUCACAUAUGAACAGAAUUAUUGCGGUUAUUCCACAGUGUCAUGUAUUAUGUAAAUUUAUCCUAAAGAAGGGAAUUUCUAUCAGUGCUCUGUUGAAACUGUAAUACAUUUCUGUAUAAUGAGCGAUAUGACUGACUCCGUUAGUGCUCAGAGCAACAAGCAGCUGAUUCAAAAUGAUUGAUUUAUUUUUGUUGGCACUUUGUUAGCCAACUUAAAUAUCCUAAUAAAUAUCAUGCACCUUAA